ACCACUCAACAUGCUACCUUCCAUUCAAACAACAAACACAAGCCACAAACUUCUCCUCCUCCUUUACCCCAGUCCCCGAAUUCAGACCUCCGCCGUAACCAGAGCCGCUUCCUAUGGCAUUCACUUCAAACGCCUUCUCUCCUUCUCUCUCCUGUAAUCUCAAUACGAAGAUCAACUCGUCUACCUUGAAGCCAAGUCCACAUGGGUUUUUCCAAGCUCCCAGCAAGAUUUCUGUUCGGGGUUUGAGCUCUGUUGAGUUGAAUCGGGCCCGCGUUGCUGUGUCGCGACUGAGUCGACUGAGGAUUUGCGCGACUGCAGCUGAAUUGAUGGAGGCGAAAGCUCCUACAAUCGUUGAUGUGGAUUUGGGUAAUCGUAGUUACCCGAUCUAUAUUGGAUCCGGGCUUCUUGAACGUCCUGAACUGCUUCAAAGGCAUGUUCAUGGGAAGAGGGUUCUUGUGGUGACUAAUAACACGGUUGGGCCAAUAUAUUUGGAUAAAGUUGUUGAUUCUUUAACUAGAGGAAACCCUAAUGUUUCAGUUGAGAAUGUGAUUUUACCAGAUGGGGAGAAGUACAAGGAUAUGGACACUCUCAUGAAAGUCUUUGACAAGGCCAUUGAGUCACGGUUGGACCGGAGAUGUACAUUUGUUGCCCUUGGAGGCGGAGUUAUUGGUGAUAUGUGUGGCUAUGCAGCAGCCUCUUUCCUUCGCGGGGUUAAUUUUAUCCAAAUUCCAACAACCGUUAUGGCACAGGUGGAUUCUUCAGUUGGAGGUAAAACUGGUAUAAAUCACCGUCUUGGAAAGAACCUAAUUGGAGCAUUUUACCAACCUCAGUGUGUGCUCAUAGACACCGACACAUUAAACACAUUGCCAGACAGGGAACUUGCAUCUGGUCUUGCUGAGGUUAUAAAAUAUGGACUUAUCAGGGAUGCUGAGUUCUUUGAGUGGCAGGAAAAGAGUAUGGAGAAACUGAUGGCAAGGGAUCCUGAUGCAGUGGCUUAUGCCAUAAAGCGAUCUUGUGAAAAUAAGGCUGAAGUAGUGUCAUUGGAUGAGAAAGAAAGUGGAUUGAGGGCAACACUGAAUUUGGGUCAUACAUUUGGCCAUGCAAUAGAAACUGGGCUUGGAUAUGGACAGUGGCUCCAUGGAGAAGCUGUUGCAGCUGGCAUGGUCAUGGCUGUUGACAUGUCAUAUCGCCUUGGUUGGAUUGACAGUUCCAUUGUAAAGCGAGUCCAUGGCAUUUUAGAAAGGGCUAAGUUGCCCACUGCCCCUCCUGAAACCAUGACUGUCGAUAUGUUCAAGUCUGUGAUGGCGGUUGAUAAGAAGGUAGCUGAUGGGCUACUAAGGCUUAUCCUUCUCAAAGGUCCUCUUGGCGACUGUGUUUUCACUGGCGAUUAUGAUAGAAAGGCCUUGGAUGAUACACUGCGUGCAUUUUGCAAGUCAUGAUUCUUAAUUUGCUUCUUUUAAUUUUAAUUUGAUCUCAUAAGUCCAUUCAAUUAAUUAUGCUCUGUACCUUAAGAAGUUCCAGAUAUUUGAUCCCUGUAUUUUAAGGAUUGUGCCAAGUACCUUCUUUUUACUGUAUUUACCAUGUAGGUUAUCGCUUUUUGUGAAUGUUGGCUCCUCCCAACUUGUAAUAAUUUAAUUAUUAUGGCCGUAUGGGUCAAUCAAUAAGUAAAACAUUUUUCCCCUUUAUAAUUUCAUUCAAUUAAUUGUUGCACCUUUC